AUGGACCAAACCCUAUUCUGCUUCUCCCUGGCAAAGGCAAGAUUUGGCAGCUCCACCUGUAUUCGCCUCCUGAUGAUCUCACUGGCAGCCUGCACUUCUUACAAAUGUGUUGUAAGCAAGCAGCGUAAGGACUCAUUUUCACUGCCUGGAGAGGGAGGUGUGACUUUCCUACCUCCAUCACCUACAGAACACUUCUCUUGUGUAUUUGUGCUUAAUUAUUCCCUUGAUUUCUUCACCUUCCAACAUUCAGUUAACUCCGAGAACUCUCUUCUCAAACGGUCUGUGGUUCAUUGGGGUGUAAUUGAAUUGGAGACAUUCACAAGAGGGGAGGCUUCAUUCCUUAAUCUUAGUAUUUGGGGCUGUAGCUAG